CAGAGCAGGUCAGGUCUGUCACUUGUGGGAGAGCACUGCAUUGAGAGGCAGACAGACAGCAAAAAGGGGGCCAUGAGAGAGAGCCGUCUCUGUGCGUGCAGAGCUGACAGUGACAGCAGCGAGAAAGGGAAAGCGCUGUAUUUAUAUAUUUAUUUCUGUGCUGUGGAGGAAGGAGGCUGCGUCAUUCCCCUUUUAAAGUCUGGUAUUGCUUGAGGAGCCGGAACUCCGCCUGGCCUUGAGCUGCCUCACUCAGUGCAGUGGGGAGAGGGAGACAGGGUGCAGCCAGGACUGGGGCUUGCUCUAACAAACUGCGACUGAGACACUGGAGCUGGCCUCAGGACACAUCCCCAGCGGCUAUAAGCUCGACUCCUCGCCAUGGUAUCCUGGAUGAUCUCCCGGCUGGUGGUGCUAAUAUUUGGCACCCUGUACCCAGCCUAUUCCUCCUACAAGGCAGUCAAAACGAAGAAUGUGAAGGAAUAUGUGAAAUGGAUGAUGUACUGGAUUGUGUUUGCCUUUUUUACAACAGCAGAGACCCUCACAGAUAUCAUCCUGUCAUGGUUUCCAUUUUACUUUGAGUUGAAGAUAGCUUUUGUUAUCUGGCUGCUGUCCCCUUAUACGAAAGGAUCCAGCGUUCUCUACAGAAAGUUUGUUCACCCAACCUUGUCCAGCAAAGAGAAGGAAAUUGACGAGUACAUCAGCCAAGCCAGAGACCGCAGCUACGAAACAAUGAUGCGGUUUGGGAAACGUGGACUCAAUCUCGCUGCCAAUGCUGCGGUGACAGCAGCAGCAAAAGGUCAGGGCGUGCUGUCGGAUAAGCUGCGGAGCUUCAGCAUGCAGGAUCUGACAUUGCUCAGAGACGAAGACUCUAUCCAUCUGCGGAGUGCUGACCCCCUCAUGAGAACAUCUAUUGGCAACAUUCCUGAAAUGAUCAAUGAGCCUGACACGCACUGGCUUCCUUCAGGGGAAGAAGUAAGGAGCACCCAAGCCCCCAAGUCCGAGGGAGAGCAGCCGGAUGUGAAACCUGAGCAGUUGGAUGAUGAUGUGGAGAAAGUGCCGAAACGCACCCAGAGCCUUAAAGCUCCUAAACAGAAGCUGCAGCGUUCAGAGCCACAAUCGAAGAGUGUCAAGUUGCGCACAAAGAAGAAGCCUGCAGGAGCUACAAGCAGUCCCGAGUCUGCAUGAAGUGGAAACCGUGGAAACAAGGUCCUGCAGAGUGCAACAGGUCUUUCCUUCUGUCUUCAGUACUUCACUGGUUUGAGUCUGGCUUCAAGCAGGAAGUUGCUAAAGCAGAGAGGAGCCACAUUGUGUAAAUAUGAGCCAUGGGGAUGUGUCUUUAGCAGGUAUAGGGGAAUGCAGAUGUCAGCACCACACAGCAGUAUUAAGGCAACCAAUGAGAGACCAAACAAAAUAGGCUUGCUCAGUGUUAUCAACAUUUCACCAAUAGGAACAAGAAUUCAAGUCAAAAUUUCACCCAGCUGUCUCCAAGUAAACAUUAUUUUCACUUUGUUAUAAUCACUUGCUUCCUUUCUUUGGAUUGAUCCUUCUAAUUUUUUACUUCCUGUGCUGUCAUGUUUUGUGAAAAGAAAGUACAGGAUCCAAAUCCAUGAUUGUUUCAACUUUAGCAAAUUAAUUUAAAAGUCUUUGAUUGCAGAUAAGUUUCUGACCUUCCACUUGGAACUGAUCGUGAGCCAUGUCGAAGCAGCUAUUGGAACCUGCAAAGUUAAUGGCUUUGGUUUUCAGUCCAUUCAAAUCCUAAAACAGAAAAGAAAUGGCUAAUGUAUUUUGUGUUUGAACUGCAAUUAUUCAUGGAACCUUCCGGAAGACAAAAACAGAAUGUUUUAAAAGAUCUGUAAUGCAAACGAGUUGAUAAAUUGUUCACUCAAUAAUUUAACCAAAACAUCAGCUGCAGAACGUGCAGGUACAAUAUAUUUUGAAGAAGUUCUGAGAACGUGGUGGCAUCUUUAAACAUUUCUGAUGGUAGAUUCGCAGUAUUUAGAGGCUGAUUAUUAAAAUCUAUGCAACGGGAGAAUAUUUAUAUAUAAAUUUGAAAUUUCACUUUGUAGGAGUGAACAGGAAGACUGCCUUAUGAGUAUUCUACACCCCAUUGGAGAAAAUGAGAAAAGAUUUAAUGCACUGGAAUUUCUACAAUCUAAAUGAAUGUGAGGGGGUUUGUUGCUUUGGAAUUAUUGACUGUGAACAGGAAGUGCUUUGUUGUUAUGUAGAGUGGAAGUGAAUAGAAAGUGAUGUUGGUUGUUGGAAACUGAGAGUGAAGAGAUGGGGCUUCUUCACUUGGAAUUGUACAUAGUAAGAGACAGGUUUAACUAAGUCCAUGGAGCAGUGGCUUUAUUAGACUGAAAUUGCAGGAAGUGGUAGAGAUUUGGUUAAUGGAACGGAAUUAGUUUUCUGUAUUGGGAUUCUGAGUAGGAUCUGGAGUUCAUUGUCCUCCUAAUCUUGUAGGGUUCUGAGAUGGGACUCAUUGAGAUUCAUUUCUACAGAAUUCAGAUUCAAGUUGUUAUAAUGAUGAUCUGUUCUUGAAUUUCUGCAUGUUUUUCAUAAGCGCAGCAAUUGUAAGGUCGUGAUGCCUCCUCUGUGGACAGCUGGAGUCAGGAUGUCAAUAGUGCCCCAGUUUCUGGAAUCCUGUGGGGAACUGGUUGGCAAUGAGUUGGAAACAGUAACUCAAUCAAUCAGGAUCUUAUGAUACCAUAUAUACUGAGAAUGAAGAGAGAUUGAUUUGUGAAUGUUACCAGAACCUUGAAAAGAAAUGAAUUGACGGCUGCAUUUUUGCUCUUCCUUGUGUUUAUAAUAUUGAUAGUUAUUUUUGAUUUCCCAUUGAUUUCCAGUGGCUACUUUGGGGCAGAGGUUAUGUAAUAUAAAUAAAAUCAGUAGUAACGUAGGGAAUUGACAUUGUGUGAGCUUAGUGUGGCGUAUAAUUAUGAAGUUCCAGGAAAAUUGCUAUAGCGAAUAUAGCUGGCUGAACAGUAUAGGCUGUAAAAUUGUAAAUACACUGUAGAACAAACCAUAUACUGGACUUGUAUGAAAACCCAGUGUUAUAAUCAUAUAUUUGGUGAUUUUUGAAGUCCUCCUUCAGCAUCUGGAUGGUCAGCAUUCUCCAAUUAGCUCAUGUAGCUAACACAAAUGUUGACAAUACCAUCCAUUUCAAUAUUUACUGUCACUAUUGCUCAGUUUGCUUCAUUGUAUUCAGGUUUGUGCGAGGGAAAGGGAGCACAGCUGCGCCUAUAAAGAGGCUCAAAAAUCAACAUUUUUCCCAACUUACCACAAAACAUGGGCAAGUCUGAAAACCCCCUGUGUGUGAGCCUGAGCCUCAAAGAUUGGUAUGAAGCUGUUUUUUUUAAAAAAUGUUGUUUUAGGAGAGUGGGUCAACACAUCACCCUUACUGCUCAGUGUACAUUCCUGGUACGCGCUGUUUGCAUUGGAUGUAAGUCAGCUGGCAAAUCUAGUUAGAGACAAAAAACCCUGCAGAUGCUGGAAUCCAAGGUAGAUAGGCAGGAGGCUGGAAGAACACAGCAAGC